AUGGGCUCCGUCAUUGGCAAGCUGGCCGCCUUGCUCGGCGAGAAGUACCAGCUCACCAGAGACAUGGAGCACGGGAUCUGCUUCCUGAAAGAUGACCUGAGCACCAUGGACGCCAUGCUGCAAAGGCUCGCAGACAAGGACGACGACCAGAUAGAUCCACUCACCAAAGACCGGAGGAACAAGGUGCGUGAGCUAUCCUAUGAUAUCGGGGUUUGCUUGGUCUUCAACCAGUUGAAUAUUGUUUUUACUUCCUGGCGUGACAUCGCAAGUUGCGCGUCGGCCAGCACAGCAACACUUAUCGUCACAUGGCUUACGGAUUGA